AAUAGAUUGGGAGAAAUUUUGGCGCGGUUUCCUGAUUUAUUUUUAAGCAAACUAUUGCGACACAAAAACCCCAUAAUUUCAAUAACAAAAAAAUUACUAAAUUGAAAUCAAAUGUGUUAUCUUAUCAUUAUCACAAUCCAAACCGAUAACUUAAUCAUCUGCAAACAUGUCUAGAGUAAGUCCCUCUUUCCCAGUUGCCACUUUUCACUUUCUUUUUCAGAAUUUAAAAUUCCACGAAAUCCACGGUAAAGACAUCAUGCUUUAUCACAAUAUGACAACAGCGCGUCGUCUUCAAACAAACGACAGUGGUCUAACUUUCACCUCUCAAUGUGUAAAGCCAACCCAAAAAGUCCACUUCAAACUCGUCGACGUUUCGAACGAACGUGUCGGCAUCAUCAGUAUCGGUUUCACGUCGUAUGACCCCACUAAUCUCCAAUACGAUUUACCAAAGUGCCUCAAACACAAACCUGGAUUCUGGAUUUGUUCUCUCUCCAAACAAACUUGUACCAAAGGAAAAACUAUAUUUUUCUACGUCUCUCCUUCGGGUGGAAUCCACUAUGGAGUUGAUGGUGAGGAAAAGGGACAUUUUGACAAAAAAAUCGACACUGGUCGCCCUCUAUGGGGUGUGAUUGACAUUUGGAGUAAAUCCACAACGAUUCACUUAACUAAAGAAAAAAGAAAUGAUUACAAAUUCACUCCUAAACCCCUCCAAAUCAACGAACGAGUCAAUAUUAAACUCCUUUCAAGUGGUAGAAUUGCUUUAGGUGUGACCUCAUUUAAUCCCAGCUUUGAUACUACGAUUCUACCCCAAGACCCCGAUUUAUUACUAGACAGACCUGAAUAUUGGGUUCUUGUAGACGACCCAACUUGGAAUUUUGCACGUGAUGAUGAAAUCAGUUUCACAAUAGGUGAAAAAGGCGAAAUGAAAAUUUGGAAAAACGACGUUUUGUUACUCAAAGUAGUCCAUGUCGAUCAUACUUUACACCUUUGGGGGUUCGUUAAAUUGGAUACCGUAGAAAAAAUCGAAAUGACCACUAGUUUGGUACAAACGAUGGUACCACCGGUACCAAAUCAGGAACCCAGUAACUGUCUUAUUUGUUGCGAAAAAGGGACAGAAGCGGCGCUAUAUCCGUGCGGACACACGUGUAUGUGUUACGAAUGUGCGACACAGUGGCGGGGAAAUAGGGAGAGAAGCUGUCUUAUUUGUAGAGCCCCGGUUAAGGACGUCAUAAAAAUUUAUAAGUAAAACAAUAAAAAAUUGCACGCCAAAUUAUAGUUUAUCUAUGAUGACUUAUCGAUGUAUUGGUCUUAUCAACUUCAUAGUGUAAUAAACCAUCAUCAAAUCUACGCAUUAUUUUCCAUUAAAGAAAUAAACUUUCCGUUUGAAAUGUCCACGUCUUGUAAUUUACGAUUUCACAACAUCCACGCUAGGGGAAUCACACUAUCGCAAGAUAACAGUAUAGCUAGACGUGUCGCAAAUCCCGGUUUCGUCUUCUCGUCACGUCCCAUAGAAAUCGAUGAAAAAAUCACGAUAAAAUUAAUGGAACUCUCAACUUAUAAUUCAAUAGCUUCAGCGUUUUGCUUCGGAAUUACACAUAAAAAUCCACAGGAUGAAAUUUUUGAAGAAAUCCGAGAGUACACAUACCUCGACCUUAUCAAAAAACUCCAUUACACAGCUUUACCAAUCGAUAAAAAACUCGUAACUAGAAACAUGAUUUUAACAUUUAAAGUAACACAAAAUGAAAUAAUUUACGAAACUAACACUGGAGAAAAAGGCAAACUAGUCCUUGAUAAGAAAACUCAAACGAAAGGACCGAUGUGGGCCUUGAUUUAUUUUUUCGAAAAUCCAGUUUCAAUCAAACUCAUCAGAAAUGCACCUGAAACCAAACCAACAGCACCACCAUUGGAAAUUCUUGAUGUAACACCAUCAACCCCUCCUUCUGAUGAAAACGAAUGUGUGAUUUGUUAUGAAAGAAAAGCCGAUGCGGUGAUUUAUCGAUGUGCACAUAUGUGUUUGUGUUAUAAGUGUGCCAUGGAACUGUGGAAAGGGCAAGGCGACGGACUGUGCCCUUUAUGUAGGGCCGUGAUUGAAGAUGUUAUAAAACCAUAUAAAUAACUGUUUUUGUUGUUUUUUUAUAGUAUAAAAAUAAAAAUUAAAACUUGAGCCGGACCGCAGACUAAGCUUACUUAUUGACUGUCAAUUCCGUCGCCAGUACUACAGUGCGAUCAAAAAGUCUGUCUAUCAAGCAAGCGUAGAAAUUUAAAACGUAUGUCUGUGGAAG